GCGCGCUCCAUUGCGCAGACGCGGCGCAGUGGGAGAGAGAGAGGAGGACGGACCGAGCGCAGAGAGAAAGGGAAAGAGAGAGAGAGAGAGAGAGAAGUAGAUAGCUAGCUAGAUAGAUAGAGAGAGAAAGAGAUACCGUUUCCUCGCGUUCCCGGAGACGCGCGUGCACACGACGAGUGUCAACGCGACGCGACGGAACGCGCGACGGUGGAAACCCCGGCGUGGCAUCGCGUACCAGAAGCGGGCAACCGGACGGACAGACGCACGUACGGACAGCGCGGCGAGGUCGGGCCGCGAAUAAUCCGAGAAGAAUAUAGCCGUGCGGCCGCCCCCUCUCCCCCUCCGUUCAAGCCAGCGCGUCGGGCUCGCGUUCGUUCGAGCGAGCGAGCGAACGCGACUUCCUCCGAGCGGUAGUAGUGCCUUCUGACGAGUCCGAGCCUCGCCAUCGUCGUCGUCGUCGUGCAGUCGUUCCUCGCAAGAGCGCUCGCGAUCGUCGCGUCCGCGUGUGUGCGCGAGCGGGCGCAGUGCCGUGAUCGUCGGACGGUGGGUAUUAUUAUCAUCAUUAUCAUCAUCAUCAUCAUCGUCAUCAUCAUCACCAUCCAUCGUCGUCGUCACAGUGUCGUCGUCAGCGUAAUCGUCAUCGUCGACUCGGAGCGCUCGAAGAGAACGGAGCGACGAGAGUGUGUUCGCUCUCCCUUCCCUCUCUCUCGCCCCCGCCCUGGUCUCUUCGCUCCGACCGUGCUUUAAUCUUCCCUCUCACUCUCUCUCUGCUCUUCUCGAAUGUCCAGUGCGAUCCCUCGGCCGACCACCCGGACUACGUCGUCGUCGUGGCUACAUCGCCGACGUGCGUCGUCAUCGCCGAAGAGGCCAACAGCAGCGCUGCUCCGGUGAACGCGCGCGCGAGGUGGGAGCUUCUCCGGAGGAGGAUCGGGAUAGAAAGAGAGGGAGCGAGAGAGAGAAGAAUGAGCAGCGCGCUCGCUCGCUCUCCCUUCCUCCCGCCCUCCGUCUCUCUCUCUCUUUUUUCUCGGGUCGCGUUUCCUGCGCUCUCGCACGCGCUCGAGAGUCCACGCAGGUAGGGCGAGCCGCGCCGCCGAUACCAGCCUGCCGGAGAGGUGGGAUCGACUACGAGGAGAGCGAGUUUCGCAGUCGCGACCGGUGUUGGCCGCCCGUAACGCGCAGAUCGGCGAGCGAUCGGGAGUGAGACGAGGAGGAGGCAGCAGGGGGCAAGAGAGAGAGAGAGAGAGAGAGAUAGAGGAGGACCAUCGGUGUAUCGCGGGGGGCGACGCUGCUAGUGUUGCCCGUAGCGGCGGCGGCGGUGGCGGCGGAGAGUUUGAUCCCGGUGAUUCGAUUCUACCGCGGCGGAAUAAUGCGCAGGUGAAAACGGAGGAGGAGGAGGAGGUGGAGAAGAAGAAGAAGAAGAAGAGAAGAGAAGAGCACACCGGAGUCGCCGUCGUCGUGGGAACGUGAAGAGCGGCGGAGAAGACGCGGUAACAGGAGGACUCCUGCACGUCGGACGCGUGCGUGCUUACGUGGGUGCGCGAGGAGAGGAACUAACCGAUAGAAAGACAGAGAGAGAGAGGAAAAAAGGAAGAACAGCGUGAUAGGAAGUGAGAAACGGAGCAGCGACAGCAGCAGCAGGAGGAAGAACACAACGCAGAAAGUGCGACGAAGAAGAGGUGGAGGAGGAGGAGGAGAGGACGUGGAGGUGAUAUCGCCCGAGAAAAGAAAGACAAAGAGAUAGAGAGUCCAAGCGGCCGAGGUGGAAGAGCGGCAGCGAGCGAGCGAGCUAGCUAGCUAACGUGCGCGAGUCAAAAUGGCGCUGAACCAGGACGUGGACCAGUUGACCAAGAACCUCGUGGUCAGGAUCGACCAGAAUUCCGAGUCGGACCUGCAGGCGCUGUUCGACAGCGUGCUGAAGCCGGACUCGUCGCGGCCGCUGCAGGUGCCGCUGCGCAUGCGCAAGCUGCCGGACUCCUUCUUCAACCCGCCGUCCACCGGCAGCAAGAGCCCGUCGAUCUCGCACUCGCGCGAGAACUCCGCGGAUUCCGCCUUCGGCACCGCCGCCGCCGCCGUCGCCGCGACACCGAGCAACCCCGGCGCCGGCGGCAGCGCGCCGAACAGCAGCGCGAACGGCAGCGGGGGCGGCGCAGGCGCCGCCGCUGCGGCCGCUGCCGCCGCCGCGGCCGGCCUCACCGUCGCCCACCCCCGCGCCCACAGCAGCCCGGCCUCCCUUCAGCAGACGUACGCCUCGGCGCAGCAGGCGCCGCAGCACGCGCCCCAGCCGCACGCGCGUCACCACCAUCAUCAGAAGCAGCGCAGCUACGACGUCAUCAGCACGGUCGACGACCUGGGCCCGUUGCCCCACGGAUGGGAACAGGCGCGCACCCCCGAGGGCCAGAUCUACUUCCUCAAUCACCUUACCCGCACCACGACAUGGGAGGACCCGCGGAAAACGGCCGCUGCCGCGAACGUGGCGGCGGUCGCCGCCGCGGUCGAGAGCGGCAAGUCCAACGGCAACACACUCGGCCCAUUGCCGGACGGAUGGGAGCAGGCACGCACACCCGAGGGCGAGAUCUACUUCAUCAAUCAUCAGACCCGCACCACCUCGUGGUUCGAUCCGCGAAUCCCGACGCAUCUUCAGAGGGCUCCCACAUCGGGCGCGAUGCUGCCGCAGAGCUGGCUCCAGCAGCCCACCGGCGGCGGCAUACAAAGCAACCAGAGCAUGCAGGCCUGUCAGCAGAAACUGCGCCUUCAGUCGCUGCAGAUGGAACGCGAACGCUUGAAGCAACGGCAGCAGGAGAUCAUGCGCCAGCAAGAGUUGAUGCUCCGGCAGACCACUACCGAACCCAUGGACCCAUUCCUGUCGGGCAUUAACGAGCAACAUGCCCGCCAAGAGAGCGCCGACAGCGGCCUGGGACUCGGUUCCGCCUAUUCCCUUCCUCAUACCCCGGAGGACUUCCUCGCGAACAUCGACGACAACAUGGACGGCACGAGCGACGGCGGUGCGCCGAUGGAGACACCUGACCUGUCGACCUUGAGUGACAACAUCGACUCGACCGAUGAUCUUCUGCCGUCGCUUCAGUUGAGCGAGGAUUUCAGCAGCGACAUCUUGGACGACGUGCAGUCACUCAUCAAUCCCAACACGACCAAGCCGGAGAACGUGUUGACGUGGCUGUAGUACGGCCCGGGGAGGCUCGGCGCUCGCACUCGCGGCGGAUUCGUUUAGUCGACCUAGCGAAUACACACAUACACACACACACAUAUACACGUAUUAUCGAUGCCGGGACACCGAUAGAGACGCACGCGAGGGAAAUUCUUUCCGGGGGUUUUUAUAUGAGAGAGCGACACCACCACCAGCGACCAUAACACACCGGCGACAACGAAGUAGCACGACUGUUCCGUGACGAAACGCACGCUCGCUUACCGGGCCGAUGAAUCUUCGAACAUGGACACACGGUGGCCUUAUAUCACAUUGCAGCGCGUUUAUGCUCAACAAUCUAGACGCGUGUGUACGUAAACGAUACAUGCGUGACGUUACAUACGUACAUGUGUGCAUAUAUAUAUAUAUAUAGAUAUG